CCUUCUCAUACUUUUAAAACCCUUCGUUCUACCAAAUAGAGGUUUCUCCGACGUGCGGGACUGAAGCGAGGGCUUUCCUCUUGGUUAGUGAUUCCCGCGGUAGUGAGCCAGCUCCGUCAAGAUGUAUACCGCAAGGAGGAAAAUCCAGAAAGACAAGGAAGCAGAACCAACCGAGUUUGAGGAGUCAGUUGCACAGUCUCUGUUUGAUUUGGAAAAUACCAAUCAGGAACUUAAAAGUGACUUGAAGGAUAUUUACAUCAAUUCUGCAGUUCAAAUUGAUGUUUCUGGGAACAGGAAGGCUGUUGUUAUCCAUGUUCCUUACCGACUGAGGAAAGCUUUCCGCAAAAUUCAUGUCAGGCUUGUAAGGGAGCUGGAGAAGAAGUUUAGUGGAAAGGAUGUAAUCCUCAUUGCAACCAGAAGGAUAUUGAGGCCACCAAAGAAGGGCUCUGCGGUUCAACGGCCCCGUAGCCGCACACUCACUGCUGUGCAUGAUGCCAUGCUGGAGGAUAUCGUAUAUCCUGCUGAGAUUGUUGGGAAGCGCAUUAGAUACCGGAUUGAUGGAUCCAAAAUUAUAAAGAUUUUCCUGGAUCCAAAGGAGCGGAACAACACAGAAUACAAGCUCGAGACUUUUGCAGCGAUUUACAGGAAGCUUUCAGGGAAAGAUGUUGUAUUUGAAUACCCUAUAACUGAGGCAUAGAAAUCCUGAUACGAUGUAAUGGAGAUCAGUCUUUUUGUUAUGUUGCUAUUAAGUUUUUACCAUAAUUGGUACUAUUUAAAAUUUUGACUCUGAUUUUAUGGAACAAGUUCGUUGAUGGGUUUAGGUUGCAAUUGACAAAGCUGUUUUCUUCUCUUA